CCCCCACUGCUGAUCGCCCCGCGAACAUGUCGUACAGUACCUUGACUUGAACUUAAACGAAUAGCAACCUGGAAUUCGAAGCGCAUACGCAGGAACCAGGAACGUUGUUUGCUCUCAUUCGCCACAACUUCCAGGUUCUUAUUCAUGAGCGCGGCACCAACCUAACCUGAGCUCUCCCCUCGGCCGCGCCCGCCAUGCCUUCGGAGCGUACGCCGCUCCUCGUCCGGGUCCCGGUUGCCGAGCCCCGGCCCCGGUACCCCCAUGCGGUGUUACGCCGCUUCUGCACCGUCGCUCUGGCAUCGACGCUCAUAUGGUUCUUCAUCGCCGUUGCCGUCUCCAUGACUUUUUUCCCCGAUGGUCACUCGCACCACGAUCCUAGCGAUAGAUGGACCUGGCCUGGCUGUGGCCGCCGCCCCGUAAGCUACGACCAGCUGCGGCAGAUCCUCCUGGACACGCCCAGCAGCGAGCGUGCCGAGGCAUGGAGCAGGUACUACACGGCCGGCCCGCAUCUCGCCGGCAAGAACUACUCCCAGGCGCUCUGGACCAGGAACAAGUGGGCCGAGUUCGGCAUCCACGCCGACAUCGUGUCCUACGAUGUCUACAUCAAUUACCCGGCCGACCAUCGUCUGGCCCUGCUCGAGAGGAGGGAGUAUGAAGACGGGACUUCGACGAGCUGGAAGGUCUCCUUCGAAGCGUCCCUAACCGAAGACAUCCUCGCCGAUGAUCCCACGAGCGGCCUGCCCGACAGGGUUCCGACCUUCCACGGCUACUCCGCGUCUGGCAACGUGACUGGGCCCGUCGUGUACGUCAACUACGGCACGUAUCAGGACUUCGAGGAUCUCGUCAAGGCCAACGUCACGCUCAAGGACAAGAUCGCCAUUGCCCGCUACGGCGGCAUCUUCCGCGGACUGAAGGUCAAGCGGGCCCAGGAGCUCGGCAUGCUGGGCGUCAUCCUGUACAGCGACCCCGGCGACGACGGCGACAUCACCGAGGAGAAGGGCAAGAAAGCGUAUCCUGACGGACCGGCUAGACAGCCGAGCAGCGUGCAACGCGGCAGCACGCAGUUCCUCAGCUUUGCGCCAGGCGACCCGACGACCCCGGGAUAUCCUUCAAAGCCGGAUGCACCCCGUCAGCCGGUGCACACGGCCAUCCCGAGCAUCCCUUCCAUCCCCAUCUCCUACACAGACGCGCUCCCCAUUCUGAAGGCCCUCAACGGCCACGGCCCGAAGGCCGCCGACCUCAACCGGUACUGGACCCGCAACACCGGGCUGCAGUACAAGGGCGUGCACUACAAUGUGGGGCCGACGCCAGACGACGUGGUGGUGAACUUGUACAACCAGCAGGAUUAUGUGACAACGCCGCUGUGGAACGUCAUCGGCGUCAUUAACGGCACCAUUCCUGACGAGGUCAUCAUCGUCGGUAACCAUCGCGAUGCUUGGGUGGCAGGCGGAGCCGGCGACCCAAAUAGCGGUUCUGCCGUGCUGAAUGAGGUAGUCCGGUCGUUUGGACAAGCGCUCCGUCUCGGCUGGAAGCCUCUCCGAACCAUUGUCUUUGCCAGCUGGGACGGCGAGGAGUACGGCCUCGUUGGGUCCACUGAAUGGGUCGAGGAGUACCUCCCCUGGCUCGACGACGCCAACGUUGCGUACAUUAACACCGAUGUCUCCGCCAGGGGCACUACCCUACGAGUGUCAGCAGCUCCGCUGCUCGACAACAUCAUCCACGCCGUGACAGCUUCCGUCCCCUCGCCGAACCAGACUGUGCCAGGCCAAACCGUCCACGAUUUAUGGGACAAGCGCAUCAAAACGAUGGGCAGCGGCAGCGAUUUCACCGCCUUCCAGGACUUCGCAGGCAUCCCGUCCCUGGACAUCGGGUUUGAAUCGGGCCCUCAUGACCCUGUGUAUCACUACCACAGCAACUACGACAGUUUCUAUUGGAUGGAGAAGUUUGGCGAUCCUGGCUUCGCCUACCACCGCACCAUGGCGCAGAUCAUCGGCCUGGCCACCGCCCAGCUCGCCGACCUCCCCGUGAUCUCCUUCCGCGCGGCGGACUAUGCGCAGGCUCUGGAUCGCUACGUCAAACAGGUUGAGGACAAGCUGGACGAGGUCUUGUCGCCCGCUCGCGAGAUCGAUAUCUCCUCUCUGAGCAACGACGACGUCUACUUCGAACUCCGCGGCAGCACCCGCAACUCCAGUUCCUCCUCCUCUUCCGCUGCCGCCUCUGCCGGAUCCCCCUCGGCCGAAUCCUUCGGGCUCUCCCUCAAGCGCCUGCAUAAAGCCGUCGGCAAGCUCAACAAGCGCGCCGUCGGCCUCGACAAGCGCGCCGACGAGCUGGACCGACGGCUGCGCCAGCACCUCCCGUGGUGGAGAUGGUCGACCAAACUCAGGUUAGGCUUCCAGAUCCGCCAGGUCAACACCAAGUACAAGCGCCUUGAGCGCAGCUUCUUGUUCGACGAGGGUCUGGACGGGCGGCCGUGGUUCAAGCACGUCGUGUUCGCGCCCGGGCUGUGGACGGGAUACGCUGGGGCCGUGUUCCCCGGCUUGGUUGAGAGUAUUGAUAACCAGGACUGGGCAAACGCCGAGAGAUGGGUGGACAUCAUUGAGAGCCGGAUUCGGAAUGCCGCGCAUAGACUGUGAGGAGGUCAGCCUUCUUGGGUGGUGCUUGAAUCUGGACGAGCUUGUAUUGUGUCAAUAUUCCUCAAACCUCGAUUUGGAUAAGCGGGGCGGCAGUCUGCGAGAUACGGCUUCAUCAUUAUGGAAGUAACUGGAUCUUUGAACCUUCUUGUGCGGGGCCAUGCAGCCACGGGUCUUCAUCUACCG